AUGACCAAGCCGAGGGUGAGAAAGUUCGAAGACCCCAACCUGUGGAUAUACGAGCACGUGCUAAAAAAUGGGGUGAAGACGGAGAGCGGCAGAAUCAUGAAGGACGGCUUGAACAAAAAGGCAGCGGAAAAGUUGAGGGAAAUUAUCGAAGCCUCCAAACAGUACGACAGAGAACUGAAGGAAAUAAAUUACAAAACAGAUGCUUGUCUGGGCCUGCCACAUAGGGCCCCCAAAAUAGACGUGAAUACGUUACCCUUCAGUCCGCUUAAGCCGAAAAGCAAUUUGCUUCUCUGGAAAAAUAUUUUUCCCAGGGGGGAGGCAUCAUCAGUGCAGGGCGGCUUGGGCGGUCCGUUUGGUGGUAAAAUGGGCGUCAAUUUGGGUAGCCAUUUUGGUGCUUCUGUUGGGAUGACGCCAUUCCCACAAAACAACCCCAUGAAAAAAAACGCGUCUCCAAAAAGUGAAGAAAAGAAAGAAGCUAAGAAGAGCACCAUUUUUAGUAAAUUGAAAAAAACAAAAAAAGACGAAAUUUCCAAAGCUACUUCCUUUUUCAAUGACCAUAUGAGUUAUUACGAUACGCAUUUGAAGGAAAAGUACAUGAGCAUCUUUUUGAAUUCACUCGAUGAAAAUAGUGAUCAUAUCAAGCGGGAAAAUGUGGACCCCCCCGUUGUGUGCCAAACGGGGGAUAAUCCGAAUGUAUGUAUUCCCACAGCAUGCGUGACUGAAGCGGUCAUUUGUGAGGAAAAACCGUUGGAAAGACACCCAGUUAACUUUACCCACGCAGAAGAAUCUUUUUGUAGUAAUGCCACCCUGAUGGAGAAAGCCAAGUGGAGUGAUUCCCUUGGGGGGGCACAUCCUAAUGAAGAAGUUAAAACGGUUUAUCCUUCUUUUAAGGGGCCACCCAAAGGUGGUACUAGCGAAUCGCCCUUACGCGAAGACGCUGCUCAUACUGUUGAUGACGAUGUGUGGGCCGACCCUGAUCCGGGGUGGGACCUCCAACAGGGGGACACCGUCACGUAUGGCAGUGGUGACGCAUUGGCCGAAGCGGACGAUGACAGGACCUGCUUUUCAGGCCAUUUUCAAAAUCAAGCGAAAAGGGAAGAUGUUAAUUUGUCUACCCCCUUAAGGGAAACUCCAAACGGGAAGAUGACCCUUUCGGAGGAUAAAUCAGAAGCGGGAAAAAACACAAUAGAAGUAACAAAUAGAAGUAGCAGGAAGGGAAAGUCACCUAGUUGUACAACGAACAGCUUACACAGUUUUAACGUUUUUGAAAAAAUGAACAGCGCGUCAUUGUAUGGGGGGGUAAUAAACCAGGGGGAAGAUUCCAUCUCAUCGAUCCUGCAGAACUUGAAGGAGAAGAAGAAGAACUCCCAUGUGAUGAGGAGCAGUUUCUCUGCGUCUGAAGGAGUGGAGACGGUUGAAGAGAGAACCCUCAUGGAUGACCAACAUGGGCUAACGACCCCCCCGCUGCGUACCAUCCUAGGAGGUGGAGAUGCCCCUCCACUGGAUAAAGGACGCAUCCAACUUAACAGGACGAAUUCUACCCAAAAAAGCAGAACGCAGCACGCAACACAGAAGGGAAGAGAAUCCAUCCUGCAGUACGAGCACCUGGACAGCAACAACAUAACUGUGCAUGCACUGAGUCAGCAUAUAUCCAUGGAGGAAGAAAAAAUUAUAAACGUGAGUAAAUUUAUCCUAGACAAUGAGCACGUCACGAAAUAUACGAAGUUGGAAAAGGAAGUGGCGGAACUCAUUUGCGAAGAGUUAGGUGUGAUAGAUAAGCUUAAAUAUAGCCAUGUGAAUUUAAAAAAACGCAACCCCGUUGUAACAAUACUCGGUCAUGUAGACCAUGGGAAGACAACUCUCCUGGAUCGGUUCCGAAAUUCUAACAUUGCUCAGAACGAAGUCGGUGGAAUUACGCAAAAGUUAGGCGCAUUCGAAGUGGUUGACAGCGAAACGAACAGGAAAAUAACUUUUCUAGAUACGCCAGGACACUCGGUUUUUAAGAAAAUUAGACAGAGGUGCGCCCAAUGCACCGACUUGAUUAUAUUAGUAAUUUCCCUGGAUGAUGGGAUCAUGAGUGAAACGGUGGAAUGUAUCCAGCUAGCCAAAAAGUUUAACAUCCCACUUAUUAUAGCAGCAAAUAAGAUAGAUAAAUUUGGGUCCGAUUUGGAAAAAAUCUCCAAGUCUUUGGUAGCAUAUGAUGUGAUAACCGAGUUGGAGGAAAAUGGAAACGUCCCAAUUGUCCCCAUUUCUGCAAAGGAAAACAUUAACAUCGAUAGGUUGCAAAAAUGUAUUCUACAACUGAGUGAUUCUUUAAAUUUAAUGUGCGACUAUGGAAGUUUAUGUUCUGCAUACGUGUUGGAGAAGAAGAUUGACCCAUCCAGGGGGAAGCUUCUCACCAUGGUGUGCAAAUCAGGAACGCUAAAAAUAAACUCCUACCUUCUAAUAGGGCACAUGUACACAAAAGUGAAGCAAAUCUACAACAGUAAUAAUCAGUUGGUGAAGGAAGCCUACCCAUCGGAGGUGGUCCAAAUUGUUAGUCCCAUUUCGCUAACACAGGAUAACGCCAUAAAUUAUGGGGAUCUCGUUUUCGAAAUGAGUAACUUAAGGAGCGCCCAAAGGGUUGCAAAGUACAAAUUGAAGGUGGCGCAGUAUAGCCUCAUGAGCAGUUACUAUGGGGGGGUUGCCUCCUCCAAGGUUACCAGCAACGCUGGUGGUGAUGUUAAUGGCGGGGUGAGUAGCCAGACGAAACUGCCCCAAGUUCAGCUGAUCAUCAAGGCGGGUGAUGAAGGCAGCAUAGAAGCCAUCCUCGAAGGGAUUAGCGAAUACAGUAGAAAAGAAAAAAAAGAAAAAUAUUGCGAUAUUAACAAUUUUGUAGAGAGGAAUUACGUGAAAAAGAAUAAGCUAACAGAUGACAUGGUGGAGGAUGGAAAAAUUUUUGAAAAUUGGGAACCCUUCCGAGUUGUAUCCAAAGGAGUAGGCUCCUUUAACAUGAGUGAUUUAAAAUACUGCAGUGAUGUGAAGCCCAUAUUUUUAAUAGCCUUUAAUGUGGACAUAGAGAAAAGUGUACAGCUGAGCAUUGAAGAGAACGGAGCCAUUUUACGAACCCACAACAUUAUUUAUAAGUUAUUUGAGGAUUUAGAAAAGAUUUGUAGUUUUUACUUCGAUUCGCUACAUCUGUAUGAACCCGUUUCUAGAAUGGUUGUCAGUAAAACUGGCUUUUAUACGCUGAAGAAAAAUAAGUCGAAGAGGAAAAGAGUGUUGUCCGUUUCGAUUAAGGAGGGAUCAUGCAACGUGAAUCACUACUUCACUGUUAUGAGGAACAAGCAGAUUAUUCAUAAGAGGCUUUCCGUUUUGUCCAUGCAGAAGAAUAAGGAUAACACCACGGAGUUAAGCAAGGACUGUCCAGUCAAUUCCAUCAUUUUUAACACCCCAUCGGAGGAUUUCCAGGUGGGCGACGAGAUCGUGGCCUACAGGAAGGUGCCCCGGGCCCCGCUCUUCAACCGGGUCAAGAACUUCGACUUGAACGUAUAA